AUGGACGCCGAAAUGAAAAAGCAAGACAUAGACGUGGCAAGCAACAUGGAGACUAUGAAGGUCUGCAUAGACAUGGCAAGCCUUGAAGAGAAAAGGAUCAACAAGGUGUGUAGGGAGUUCUACGAGUACGGGAAGACAUUCAUCGAUAAUCUGCAGAGAGAAGUAGUCUUGCCCAAAAAGAUUGAGAGCAUCACAACGCUCAGGAACCCAUCUGGACAGGGAACAAAGAAGUGGAGCAGAUAUAAGAUGAUUGUUCAUCUCAGGAACUUUUAUCUUGAAGCCACGCACCAGCAGUUGGAAAAAGUUGUCCAGUUUCUCAGGAACUUCCCCCAUGUUGAAAUUAACCUAAGCAUUCAAAAUUAA